AUGUAUUCACGAGAUGAAAUUAUAGAGAUAUUAUUAAGGCAAAGCCUACAAAAUGAGGAUAUAAAAUACGAGAAGUUUGAAAAACUAGGAAUUCAUCCAGUAAUUAAUUUAACCAGCAACAACAUCAAUUAUACCUGUGAAUUCUGCAAGAAGAACUUAUUGUCAAGUCACUUGCUGGAUCUACAUGUGUCAGAGAAUCACGAUUCUUUUUUUGAAUUGCAAAAGAGCAGGAAACCAAGUUUCCAAUGCUUCCUUGAAGCUUGUCAAUUUUUAUCAAAUGAUUCAGACGAACGAAAGAAUCACUGCAUCAGCCAACACAAAUUCCCACACGAUUUCCCGUUUGAAAAUAGUCAUGUAAAGAAGCAAGAGCCAGAAGUCGGCAAGAAGAAGUCAUCACCAGUGUCACAAAUCAAAAACUUUCAUUUUGGACAUAGAUCUCAAAAGACAUUCAAGUCUAGUGGACAGACAAAGAUCGAUAUGAAAGAAUUAAUGGAUGUUCUGCCAGAUGCAUAAAAUUUAUGCUGUAUGCUGCAUGUUUAAAACAUAGAGCAGGGUUUUGGAGUUCUUUUAAGGUAA